AAAAAAAAAAAAAAAAUGGAUAAGAAAUCCUUAUCUGCAUCCCAAAACCCCAUAAGCACGAAGUGGUGGAAAGACAGAAACGGAAAAAGGAUGUUGGGCGCAAUCUCCAUAGCUCCACCUUCAACGGUUACAUUUCCCUCAAAGCUGCUGUCGCCAGUCUCCAAGUCCUCCUUCAAUGGCAUGCGAGUCCAACGCCUUUGCCCAAACAUCGGCGUUCGUCUUCCGACGGAGUCAUCUCGGAGGCCGUGCUCGCCGUCGUCUUCGGUUGUGAUGAUGGCCAAGAGAGAGGAAGAAAUGAAGGAAAUCAGGACCAAAACCACCGAAGAAAUCAACGAGGAGGUGGUCGACCUCAAAGGAGAGCUCUUCAUGCUUCGCCUCCAGAAAUCGGCUCGCAACGAGUUCACUUCCAGCGAGUUCCGUCGAAUGCGCAAAAGGAUUGCUCGCUUGCUUACUGUUAAACGGGAAAGAGAAAUUGAGGAGGGAAUUGGUAAGAGGCUAUCAAGAAAGUUCGAUCGACAAUGGAAGAAAAGCAUUGUUGUUAGACCGCCUCCGUCGUUGAAGAAGUUGCAAGAGGAAGAAGCAGCUGCAGAAGCUGCUGAGAAGGCUGCAUCUGCAUGAGCCAUAUGCAGUAUUCGGCAAAUACCAUGUACUGGUCUACCCUUGAAAAUUAGAAAUGUCGAAUUUUGUUGGUUUAAAUCAUUGUUCAAAUUCUGUUUCAGACAAUUUAUUUGUUUAUAACAUGAUCUGUUGUAGUAUAACAUGAUCAAAUCCGGUCGACGUCAAAAUUUGUAAACUUCUUUUUAACGAUUUAAAUGUUGAAUUUCAUGUGUCUGGUUUUCCCAUCAA